AUGGAUGAAGCGUUUUCUUAUUUUCAGACUUACACUGCGAAUAUCUUGAUUGCAGUCAAUCCAUAUGAACAAAUCGACAGUUUGUAUGAUGUUAAGAACAUUAAAAAAUAUCAAGGGAAAUCAAUCGGGCAAUUACCACCUCAUAUUUUUGCGAUUGCGGAUCAAGCAUACCGCGAUAUGAAACGACUUUGUAAAAGUCAGUCGAUCAUCGUGUCUGGUGAAUCAGGUGCAGGAAAGACUGAGUCACAAAAAUAUAUCCUUCGAUAUCUUUGCGAAUCGUGGGGAGUUGGUACAGAUUCGAUACAACAAAGAAUUCUAGAAGGUGAGUUAAUUUCAUUGCUGCAUUCCGCAAUAUCGAUGAUAACCGACCGAAGAUCGAUCGGUGAAAUCCGAUGA